AUGGCCCCGAGGAAUGAGGAUUCACGCCCUCCACCGCUGCCGCGCCUGUACUCGAGACAGUCCCACGUUUCCAAGCGAUCGUUCCUCUCACACUCAUCUUCUUUCGAGGCCGAUGACGAGCGCUCCGCCAGCAUCUCCCCUACCUCCGAGGACAUGGACCGCCACUCCGACUCCGAGCCCAAUCACAGCCCGGACCCUCCCUCGCCACCAAUCCGCUAUGCCGGAGAGGACACCAGGCAAACGAGCCCCAAGGAGCUGAGGGGAUGGUAUAUGUAUGCUUUCGCGGCUGAGACCUACGUCAUUUGUGCAAUUGGCUCAUUCAUCCCCAUCCUGCUCGAGAGUCUCGCUCGGGAGAAUGGCGUCCAGCUCAAGAACGGAAAGCCAUGCGGACCCAGCAAUGAGAAGAGUGACGAUGACACCCAGUGCGUCGUGCACGUCCUGGGCCUCGAGAUCAACACCGCAAGCUUCGCCAUGUACACGUUCAGCGCCAGCGUGCUGCUGCAGGCCCUGCUCGUAGUGAGCAUCAGCUCGUUCGCGGACCACGGCCAGUACCGAAAGAAGCUCCUCCUGGCCUUUGCCUGGCUCGGCAGCUUCUGUGUCAUGCUGUACAUAUUCCUCACCAAGGAAACGUACGUCUUUGGCGCCGUGCUGGCCAUAGUCAGCAACGUCUCCUUUGGGGCAUCUUUUGUCCUGUUGAACAGCUUUCUCCCUCUUCUCGUCCGGUACCACCCCAAGGUGCUGUAUGCGGAGGGCACCUUAACUCCUGAUCUCGCCGCGCCGAACGAAUCGCAGCGGCUGGAGCACCCACAAGAUGACGAGGAGAACGAGACCUUGCGUGACAGUAGCUCGAGCACCGCAUUGCUAGUCGACGAGGGCCCGCACAGGUUGCGGAAGGUCCUCACCCACGAGGACCAGACUUCGAUGGAGCUCGCGCUGUCGACCGAGAUAUCCGCCAAGGGGAUAGGGAUAGGCUACGCGGGCGGGACUGUUCCUGCAAUGAGGAGCUCGACCUGGUCCCUGCGCGUCGUCCUGUGCAUGAUCGGAUUAUGGUGGGCCUUCUUCACCAUCCCCGCCGCGCUGUGGCUGCGGCCCAGGCCGGGGCCCCCGCUGCCGGCGCAGAAGAGCCGGAAGGGAGUCAGGGCAUUCGUCGCGUACACGCUCUACGCCUGGAAGUCGCUUUUCAAGACAAUAUCGCUGGCGCGGCGGCUCCUGGACAUCAUGCUGUUCCUCGCGGCGUGGUUCCUGCUCUCGGAUGCUAUAGCCACCACCUCGUCGACCGCCAUCCUGUUCGCCAAGACGACGCUGCAGAUGGAGCCAUGGUCGCUGGGGCUCAUCGGCGUCAUCUCCACGACCUUCGGCAUCGCAGGCGCACUCUCGUGGUCCUACAUCUCUCGGCGGUUCAGCCUCAAGCCACACCAGACCCUCCUCAGCUGCGUCGCGCUGUUCGAGCUCAUCCCGCUCUACGGCCUUCUGGGCUACCUGCCCUUCGUCCGGGGCUGGGGCGUCCUGGGCCUGCAGCAGCCGUGGGAGAUGUUCCCGCUGGCCGGCGUGUACGGCUUCGUGCUGGGCGGGCUCAGCAGCUACUGCCGCGCCCUGUACGGCGAGCUCAUCCCGCCCGGGUCCGAGGCCGCCUUCUACGCCCUCUACGCCAUCACCGACAAGGGCUCGAGCGUGUUCGGCCCCUUCAUCGUCGCAUCCAUCAUCGACGCCACGGGGGAGAUCCGCCCGGCCUUCUGGUUCCUCGCCUGCCUCGUCGGCCUCCCCGCCCCGCUCAUCUACUUCGUCAACGCCGAGCGCGGGAAGCUCGAGGCCGAGAGGCUGGCCGCCGUCAUCGAGGGGUACAAGGCCGAGCAGGGUGACACCGACGACGGGAGGGGGGAGUCCGGGCACGGUGAGGGCCAGGCAAUGCUGGGCCAUGAUGGCGAUGUUGAACCUCGCGGGAGCUGA